GGCUCAUCCAGGCCUCCAGGAAUCUGCCGUGCUCCCUCGGGCACACAGCACGUUUGGGGAAGGAGACGGGAAACUUGUCCCAGAUGAAGAGAGCUCACCUGUUCGUCGUGGGGGUCUACCUGCUGUCCUCUUGCAGGGCCGAAGAGGGUCUCAACUUCCCCACGUACGACGGGAAGGACCGGGUGGUGAGUCUUUCGGAGAAGAACUUCAAGCAGAUUUUGAAGAAAUACGACUUGCUGUGCCUCUACUACCACGCGCCGGUGUCGGCCGACAAGGUGGCCCAGAAGCAGUUCCAGCUGAAGGAGAUUGUGCUCGAGCUGGUGGCCCAGGUCCUGGAACACAAAGAGAUAGGCUUUGUGAUGGUGGAUGCCAAGAAAGAAGCCAAACUUGCCAAGAAACUGGGUUUUGAUGAAGAAGGAAGCCUGUAUAUUCUUAAGGGUGAUCGCACAAUUGAGUUUGAUGGCGAGUUUGCGGCUGAUGUCUUGGUGGAGUUUCUCUUGGAUCUGAUCGAAGACCCCGUGGAGAUCAUAAACAGCAAGCUGGAAGUGCAGGCCUUUGAGCGCAUCGAGGACCACAUCAAACUCAUCGGCUUUUUCAAGAGCGCGGACUCGGAAUAUUACAAGGCUUUUGAAGAAGCAGCUGAACACUUCCAGCCCUACAUCAAAUUCUUUGCCACCUUCGACAAAGGGGUUGCAAAGAAACUGUCUUUGAAGAUGAAUGAAGUCGAUUUCUAUGAGCCCUUUAUGGAUGAGCCCACUCCCAUCCCCAACAAACCUUACACGGAAGAGGAGCUCGUGGAGUUUGUGAAGGAGCACCAGAGACCCACUCUACGCCGGCUGCGCCCGGAGGAUAUGUUUGAGACCUGGGAAGAUGAUUUGAAUGGGAUCCACAUUGUGGCCUUUGCAGAGAAGAGUGACCCAGAUGGCUAUGAGUUCCUGGAGAUCCUGAAACAGGUGGCCCGCGACAAUACCGACAACCCGGACCUGAGCAUCGUGUGGAUCGACCCGGACGACUUUCCUCUGCUUGUUGCCUAUUGGGAGAAGACUUUCAAGAUUGACCUGUUCAAGCCCCAGAUUGGGGUGGUGAAUGUGACGGACGCUGACAGUGUCUGGAUGGAGAUUCCAGACGACGAUGACCUGCCCACAGCUGAGGAGCUGGAAGACUGGAUUGAGGACGUGCUCUCCGGAAAGAUCAACACCGAAGAUGAUGACAAUGAAGAUGAAGAUGACGACGAUGACAAUGAUGACGACGACGACGACAAUGGCAACUCCAAUGAGGAGGAUAAUGAUGACAGUGAUGAGGAUGAUGAAUAGCCCCAAUUUUAUAAGACUCCGCUGAAAACAAAGUCACAGCUAUCCACUACUGUGCAGACAGCACGAGGCAGCAGUGAGCAGCCCUGCCCCACGCCCAGCCAGCUCCUUUCCCUUUCCCGGCCUCUCUUUCCACUGCCAACUCGCACGGAGCAGCACAGUUCAGCAGCUGCCUUGCCGGGUCCAGCCAUCCCACUCACUGGGGACAGGGGAGGAAUCACUCUCACACGAACUGCUUUGACCGUCAUGGAAAGAAAGCUCCUGUUCUUUGUUAGAUUGUUAAUAGUCAUGACUUUGCUGGGGUCUGGCAGCCUGGGGAGAACAAGCCCCCGGCACCUCGCUUUGGGUUUCCUUGUUGUCUUUGGCGAUGGCAGUAACGGAACUAACAGCUUGCUAACUCACAAGCGUGGAGUGACCUUGUACACAGAGCCGGGGAAGACACACGAUCAGGCAGUUUAUCUCCCCUGCCUAGCACAUCAACUGAGGGUCCUUCCUAAGUGAAGAGGAGCCCCUGGAGGGAAGGCUGAGCCUUCUAAACAGGUUUAUGAAUCAGCUUCUCUGGCUCUAUUAAGCAUUUCAUCCCACAUGUGAGUCAGACCAUGAUGAACUCAGGUCCAAGCCUUUGAGUGACUGCAGAGAGGCCUUGAAACAGGUGUGCAGGUGCCACCCUCAUUUCCAGCAGAUUCCAAUACUGGGGUGGGAGGUUAAUUUGCCCUCUGAACUUCCCGGUAUGUGACAAGUCUCCAGUAUUCAGCAGUGGUGGGGGAGGGAUACAAGAUUUUCCUUACUUUGAUGGGGUUAAUGUCUCUGAAUGGGUCAGCUGGCUUCCGGGGCUGAGCUGGGACCUGAAUGCCGGCUCUCUGUCGCUGCUCAUGUGCCUUCCCACUUAGACUAAAGAUUGCUCUGUCCAGCAGUCAAUGAAUGCUCCCACGGCUGACCAGGGCAACCAUAAUUGGAGUUUAUAAUGAUGCCCUGGGGCACUGAAAAAAUUCCCAAGUGCCUUCCAAAUGGUCUGAACAUUACACUGUGCUUGGUAGUUCUAGUGCUAAGUGUGCAGUAUGAUGCUCUAAUUUAUUUUCUCAAUCUCUCAACACAAGUGUAAAACACCGUGCAAACUUUUUGAAAAUCAGGAAAUCCUUUUGUGGAAUUAUAGCUAAUUAACUCUGUCAUUAAACUCAUAUUUUGAAAAUA